AUGGACAGCCAUCAGGGGGUAGUGACAGCCCCUCCCCCACCCAGUGGCGGGAACAGAGAGCGCUACUUCGACCGAGUCAAUGUCAACGAUCCGGAGUACCUCAGGGCCAGGAACAUGUCGCCUGACCUCCGGCAGGACUUCAACGUUCUGGAACAGAAGAAACGGGUCACGCAGAUAUUACAAAGCCCCGCUUUUAAGGAGGAAUUGGAGGGUCUGAUCCAAGAGCAGCAGCGCAAAGGGAACAACCCCACCGGUCUUUUGGCACUUAGACAAAUUGCUGACUUCUUCAUGGCGAGUUCAAUGGCGGGUUACAACACUUCCCCACUCAGUUUGGGAAUGGUCACACCUAUUAACGACAUGUACAACGUAGAAGCGAGCACCAUGGUGAAAGGAGAGAAGCUGACACGCUGUAAACUGGCCAGCCUCUACAGACUCGUGGACCUGUUUAACUGGGCCCACUUUGCCAGCUCCUAUAUCACAGGCCGUGUCAGCAAAGAGCAAGAUCACAUCCUCAUCAUCCCCAGAGGACUCUCAUUUGCUGAGGCGUCUGCAUCAAACCUGAUGAAGGUUAACAUCAUCGGCGAAGUGAUCGAACAGGGCUCCACUAACCUCAGCAUCGACUCAGCCGGUUUCAGCCCCCACGCCGCCAUCUACUCCAUGCGUCCAGACACCCGCUGUGUCAUACACGUGCAUACUCCUGCCACGGCUGCCGUAUCAUCCAUGAAAUGCGGCAUCCUGCCCAUUUCUCAGGAGGCCCUCAUCCUGGGUGACAUAGCAUACUUCAACUAUCAAGGCAGCCUGGACGAGCCAGCGGAGCGCAAAGAGCUGCAAAAAGCCCUGGGGCCCACAGCAAAGGUUUUGGUGCUGCGGAACCAUGGUCUGGUUGCUCUGGGCGAAACUAUGGAAGAGGCCUUUCAUUAUAUCCAUAAUGCACAAUAUGCCUGUGAAAUCCAGGUGAACGCCAUAUCCGGUGCGGGCAGCAUAGACAACCUGAUAGUGCUCGACCAGGAGAAAUACAAAUCAGAGGUGUACGGUGUGGCCUCAACAGUUGGAGCAAACAUGAGCAGUUCAUACAAGUGGAAGGUCGGCGAGCUGGAGUUUGAGUCUCUGAUGAGGAUGCUGGACAACCUGGGCUACAGGACAGGUUACGCCUAUCGUCAUCCUAUUAUACGCGAGAAGCCGAAGCACAAAAGCGACGUGGAGAUCCCCGCUACUGUCACAGCGUUCAUGUUUGAAGAGGAUAUGGAUGCCACGCGUUUUCCGUUCAAGUUUUUGCAGCAGCGGCAGCAGCGGGAGAAGACGCGAUGGCUCAACUCGCCCAACAGCUACACUAAGGUCAAUGUGGAAGGUGGAGACGAGCGUUACAACCACAGUAGGACAACUACGUGGAUGAAGGCAGAUGACACCGGAACGCCGAUCAGAAUUGAGGACCCCAAUCAGUUUGUCCCCCUCAACACGGACCCUAAGGAAGUACUGCAGAAGAGGAACAAAAUUAGAGAGCAGAACCGGAGUGAGGUGACAACGUCAGGGCCACGUUCUCAGCACCUUGCUGGCAUCCCAAUUGAUCAACCACGACGGCCAUACGUGCCAACAGAGGAGGAGCAGAUGGCCCCGCUGCCUCCCAACCCUUUCAAUGAGCUGUCAGAGGAAGACUUGCAGGUGUACCACAAAAACAUGGAAAUGCGACAACCGGGUCUCGGUGGCGAGCACGAGCUAACAUCCGAUGACGGCUCUACGCUCUCUCAGUCUCUGUCUCUCACGCAAUCACCACAAAGCACUCCAGCAAAAGUCAACCACUCUGGCUUGAUGAACGGAAAGGACAACCACUGCGACGUGGACGACGAGCUCUGCAAGAGAGUCAGCCACCUCACCACCAGCGUGGAGAGCGUGGAGAUCAUGGUGCGCCCGGGCGAUAAGAUCGAGGAGGUGUUAUCCCAGGAGAGCUCACCCUCCAAGUCGCCCAACACUAAGAAGAAGAAGAAAUUCCGCACGCCGUCGUUCCUCAAGAAGAACAAAAAGAAAGAGAAGAUGGAGGCCUGA